AUGACUAGAAAGAAAGUGAAGCUUGCAUACAUUACAAAUGACUCUGCAAGAAAAGCAACAUUCAAGAAAAGGAAGAAGGGAUUGAUGAAGAAGGUGAGUGAAUUGAGCACCCUUUGUGGGAUUGAUGCUUGUGCCAUCAUUUACAGCCCAUAUGAGGCCCAACCAGAUGUUUGGCCCAAUGGGCCUGGGGUGCAACGAGUCCUGUCUCAGUUCAAGAGGAUGCCAGAGAUGGAACAAAGCAAGAAGAUGGUUAACCAGGAAGGAUUCAUCAGACAGAGGAUUGUGAAGGCUAGUGAACAAUUGAAGAAGCAACAUAGAGACAAUAGGGAGAAGGAAAUGACCGAGGUAAUGUAUCAAUGUCUUUCUGGUAAUAGAGGCCUUCAGGAUUUGGGCCUAGGCGAUCUUCAUGAUCUUGGCUGGCUCAUUGAUCAGAAUCUGAAGGAGAUCUAUAAGAGGAUGGAGACAAUUAACAAGUCAUCUGACUCGCCCAAUCCUCCUCCGGCCCAAAAUAUUCAAGCGGGCCCAUCUAGGGCCCGUGAUUUUGGGCCGAGAAACAUGAUGUUUCCCCCUGGCAUGGAGCUUGGUCAAGGUGGCCCGUCGAGGGUUAGCGAUAUUGGAUCGUCGUCGAGAAACAUUAUGGGGUUUAACCCGGGAAUGAGUAUGGGUAUGGAAGAUCAAAAACCCAUUAUGAUGGAUAAUAUGGGCUUGGAGGCCCAAAGGCCUCAAUGGUUUACUGAAUGGAUGAACAAUCCUAAUGAAGCAAUGGGAUUUGGGGCAGCUGAAGAGCAAAUAAUGCUACCAUUUGGGGAUGUCACACAUAAUCCCAACAACAUGUGGUCUCCAUAUUUCCCUUGA